AUGGUGAUUUGGUUUCGAGUGAAGGACAACGCUGGAAUGGAGUUUAUUGCAUCGUUUAAUUCCAAGGAUGGUAUUAAGAAAAGCACAGACUUUUUUGACACCAAAGUCUUUUUACAUUUUAGUCAUUUAGCAGACGCUCUUAUCCAGAGUGAGUGCAUACAUUUUUCAUACUGGCCCCCCGUGGGAAUCAAACCCACAACCCUGGCGUUGCAAGCGCCAUGCUCUACCAACUGAGCUACACGGGGUCUUCAGUGGGGACCAGAUAAGCAAAGACAUCUUGAUACUGAAGGCUUUCAAAAAGGCGCAAGAUAGUGGCGUCUACAGCUGUGCAUCAAUCAACAGGAACGUGCUAGUGUAUGGUGAAGUAACUCGACUUGCUGGGCCAGGUGAGUAGGCUAGCUAGGCUACAUUACAUAAAUGAAUUGUAUCAGAAUAAUCAAGUUCUAGACAACAAUGGCAACAAUGGUUUUUCAAUCAGAGGUUUAUUGUAGCCAAGGCUAUAGCCUAAAUAAGUUUAAAACGGUCUGAAAGUUAUCCAUGCUAACAACACCUCACUUUUUCCUUUUUCUCUAGCCCCUCCACCUACAACAACCACGACGACGCCACCAAUUACCACAGCCAUAGAGCUAACCAGAUCUACAACUACCAAGUUUUGAUUCAUCAUCAUCAUCAACAACAUUAUUCUAAUCAUCAUUGAUAGGGUUGUUUUGGAUAACCAAUGUUAAACUGACUGGGUAUUUGCCAUUAUCCAAUGUGGUUGAACAAAAAUGUGUUCCCUGUUUGACUUGUGUUUUUGCAGUGGGAAAGAUGGACCCUAGUACAUCCUGUGAUCUGAUCAUUUGGGCCCAUUUGCUGCUGGCUGUGGCUUCCUCUUCCUCCUCCUCUUCAUCACCAUAUGCCACUGCAACC